AUGCAGCAAUGCACAAUAGCGCCUAUUACGUCGGAUCCUGAAUCAUCAAUACGAGAAGCAGCUGCUGCAUGGCAACCAUUUCACGCAACUCCUGUUUCCAGUCCUCUCACGACUCUUGCUGAUGAAAUGCAGCAGCUUAGCAGCGCAUUAGAAGACUACGCCUGGAGAGAUUUAUCGCAAAACAGUCGAGCCGCAUUCCACCAUGCCAAAUACGAUCAGGCCAUUGACGCAUCUACAAUGGCUCUCGAAAACUUGACUCGAGCACUUGUGGCCAUUCUCGACAUUCGAGCCGCAGCCCAUGGCAAAAAAGCCGAGUUCACUCAGGGUUUGCGAGAUGCUUUCAAAAUGAUUGAGCAUGUGCCAACACUGUCUGCGGGAUAUCUGCGAGCCGGCAAUCUGUAUGCGAUUCGCGGUAAACCAGGUCAAGCGAUCGACAUAUACGAACAAGGUCUACGAGCUGUGUCACCCAUUCAAGAUUCCGCCGGCUAUACGUUAUUGUCUGAACACAAGGAGGCGGCCAAAGCGCAGCAGGAACGACGCAUCAACUUUGUGGCCACACUGCCGUAUGAUGUGCAAGCCAAUAUCUUCUCGUACCUUUCCAUGGACAUGUUAUUUGGAUGCAUGUCUGUCUCGAAGCUGUGGCGCGACAGGAUCUUGCAAUGUGCAUCGGCGUGGUAUCAAAUCGAACUGAGCGCUUCAUCGAAAUAUGCGGCAAGCAUGUACCAUCAUUUUGGAUCGCUCAGCAGACACGUACGAAGCAUGUCACUGGACUUGUCCUGGAGUAGCCCGCCCAAUCGGAUCCCCAGCUACAAGGUCAGCUCGGAAGAACUAUCCAUGGCCUUGCAACAGGUUGGAGGAACCUUGACCUCGCUCCUUCUCGAGUAUGCACUGUAUACACCCGUUUCUCUUGGCUCAAUCUUAUCCAUGUGUCCAAAGCUAACAGAGCUAAAGUUUUGUGGGUCACGGUUCCCCGACGUGCACGAUGGAUCAUCCUUUCCAGACGCCAGCGGACUGACGUCUCUGUACUUGAAUGCGCACGACAUUACUGAUUCGGACCUCGAAGCAGUGCUACGCUGCUGUCCGAGACUACGGAACCUUGCAGUCUAUGGAUGCGAACCAGAAGGCAUGCGAGUCAUCAACCGAUACUGCACUGAACUCGAGCGACUGCGAUUCAACUCGUUGCACGGACGUGGAGGUGGCACCACGAGUAUUAGUAGCAGCAGCAACACACUGACAACAUACACACCAACACCAACACCAACAAUUCGAAAAGACGCACCUCCUCCUGCCGGCCUUCGCGUCGUUGACAUUGGCGAUGUGGAAGGAAGCACAGCACAAUACCUCGCAGACGUUUUAAGAAAAGGCGACAAGAACACGUUGGAAGAACUAUACAUGGCAAUGCACGAUCAGCCAGGCCCAAGUCGACAGUGGCGCGAUCUGCUCUGCAAUUUCGAUACGAAACGACUACGAAAGUUCGGUUGUAAGGUGAAACGUAGCAUGCACUCAGUUGUUGCAGGCUUAAUACGACAAUCCACCACGCUGCAGGACAUCUCUUUUUGGGACUCUGAGCUGAUUAGCAUUGAUAUUUUCGACGCCAUGAUCACCUUACCCGAGCUCCAUCGUCUACACCUUGCCACGAUUGACGAAAUCAGCGAUACAGGCAUACGGCACUUCUUUAACAGUCAUAUAGCCUUUGGCAACGCUUCACCCCUGCGCGUCUUUGAGUUGGAAUACGUCGUCGACCUCACGAAUCCAGCCCUAUGCAUGCUGGCAGACAUCAAGACCUUACGGUAUAUCCGACUUUGCGAUUGUGACGAAAUCACCACGGCCGGCAUGGCACGCUUCUCGGAAAAGCUGAGUUUCUCCAACUCGCUCAAGAACCUCGAACUGUGCAAGAUGGAUUGUGUCAACGACAAGGCGGUCCGAGCGCUAAGCGGCAUCAGCAGUCUACAGCACAUGAAAAUGAUGUGUCUCGACAACGUCACGGAUCAGGGCGUCUGGGAUAUUCUGGACCGCUCGACAUCUAUACGCACAAUCGACAUUUCCUGUUGCUUUGCCGUGUCUGCAUUUGUUGUCGACCGUGUCAAGCAGAAACUGGAGGUGCGCAAGGACCUACGAAGUACCUGCAAAUGCACCGACACGCGAAUACAAUGA